AUGACCAUGAUGUGUCCAGUGCGAUUUCUGCGGAUGGACGAGCAACUCAGGGUUCAGCACCUCACUACCAUUACUGUCGUUAAUGGUCCUGGCUUGGUUUGGAUCAAUCCAUUCAAGUCCUACCACAUUACAAAGGCCGUCACCCUUGGUGUUCUAGACUACGUGAGGGUACGCGAUACCAUGGACGGUUCUGAACGCGCAGUGCGUGGCCCGAGGUUGUUUUUCCUGGGCCCGUAUGAGAAGCUAGAAGGUGCUGGUCAAGGGGUGAGCUUGACCAGCAUGCAGUAUGUCCUGAUACAGGACAAGCAGACAGGUGAGAGAAAGGUGCAGCGGGGCCCUUUGAUUUGGAUCCCUGGGCCCAGAGAAGAAGGAAAGGUCAUGAAUGGUGUCCGUCUCAACAGUACCGAGUAUGUGUCUGUCGAAGAUUCACUCACUGGAGCACGCAGGGUGGAGAAGGGCCCGUGCAUUUGGUUUCCAGGACCUUAUGAGGAAUGGGAGCAAGGAAGUGGAGUUUGGCUGAGCAGCACGGAGUUCGUUACGGUACAGAACACCCUAUCUGGUGACAAGAGAGUUGACAAGGGCCCAUGCGUGUGGUUUCCUGGCCCAUAUGACCAGUGGACGAAGGGUGCCAGCGCGAGUCUGACCUGCACCCAGUAUAUCACUGUUGUCAACAAGCUAACUGGAGCGUCAAGCAUGGUGAAAGGCCCUUGUAUUUGGUUUCCAGGGCCUUAUGACUCUGCCUCAGCUGUCAAAGAAGCCAUUGUACUGCAGGAUGACGAGUAUGUAAAACUCAAAGAUAUCUCCACUGGAACGCGAUGGGUUCAUAGGGGCAAAGGCUUGCUCUUUCUGGAGCCGACGUGGCGGAUCGAGAAUUCGAUGUCUUCCUCGGGGGUUCAGAAGUCUUGGGGUCUGCGUGGACGUGAAUUCUUCAGGCUGCAAGUCGCUCCGCAUUUGCGGGUGACCAAGAGCUAG